UUAUAAAAUAGUUUAACAACAAGCAGGAAAUGUUCAUAGGCCAAUGACAUUGCCACAUUAAAAUGGUCUCUAGGUAUUUAUUUGAAGGCUCUCAGAUUCCCUGGGGCCCUAAGCGGUCGCUUACCUUGCUUAUUAGUUAAAUCCACCCCUGUUAACCACUGAGCCAUUGUGUCCCCCUGGGUAAAACAUAGGAUGACAAAAUAUAAAAAUAUUCAAAUGGAAGUUAAUACAUAUAAUAAAUGCUAUUUAAUACAUAAUAUCCUUGUUAUUACGCAUACAUUUUUCUAAUUGUUUCUAUAACGGUGCUGUUUUAGCAUUUAAAGUAAUGAUUGUCUCUUUUUUGCUUUAGAAGCAAAUUAAAUUAUUAAAGUAAAUUUUAAUGCAAAUGGACUUGAUAAAGAGCUGCUAUAAGUCAUAUUUAACAUAUUUUUAUUUCAUGUUGUCAAUAAUAUACUCAUAAAGUCAUAAGGAAGGGUGGAUCAAGCAGAAAUGUCUGUAUAUCAGAACUACGUGCUGUUCAUCAAGUAGUAAAAGAAUAAAGGUCACAAAAUUAGCCAUCAUAAACAUCUGUAUCCUAGCAAAUAUCAUUGCGUUAGUUAUAAGUUAACAUGUCUUAUACAGUAAAACGAUACCAAAGGUCAUCCGGUAUAUAUAUAUAAACAAAAGAGUUUUACCUAACAGGCUCAUUGUGAGUAAAGAGAGAGAGAAAGAAAGAGUACAUUUGUAACCAUUACAAAAUCAAUCUGAAUUUUAACAUCAGCAGCAAUGUUGGCCACUCCAGAAUUUCCCAAGGAAGCUUUAUUUGUGAGCUGUGAUUUAUGUGUGGAGGUGAAAACCCCGGCGCUGAAGACCUGCCUGAAGUGUGAAGUCUCGAUGUGUGCUCAGCAUCUGCAGACACACCUGAUCACUCCAGUUCUUCUGCAGACCCAUGCACUGACCAGCCCGGUGCAAGCAGGUUCCACUGGUCAAUUGGCCAGCAAGUGCUCAGCUCACGGUAAGCUGGUGGAAUACUACUGCCUGGAUGACCAUGUGCUGGUGUGCAUGUCUUGCGCCAUCGAGAAAGGACAUCGGUUGCAUAACAUGAAGACGCUACCGACUGCUCAUUUGGAGCUUGUGGAUAAACUAAACGAGGAGAUGAAGAAACUGCAACAGAGGAAGAAGCAGGCGAAGGAGCUGGAAAUGUGGCAUAAAAACCAAACACAGGCUCUGGAGAGCUGCUUCCAUCAACUGAUGGAGACUGAAUCAUCCCUUAAGGAUUUGGUUUUCAAACGUUUACAGACCUCAGUUUCAGCCAGACUCAGGGCUCUUCAGACGGCUGUCGUAGCUGUAAGUUCGGCUCUGAAGGAAAAGGAUAAUUUCAACUUCUUGCAGAAAUUUGCAAGUGUACACAAAGCUAUAAUGGAUGCUCGCAAAGUGGAUUUGAAAAAGGGCUUGGAGUCAGAACCUGACUGCAUGAAAUCAAUCAAAGAAAUCAGAAUGAACAUGCAACAUAUUGAGAAGCAGGUGCAGGAACUCCAGAGAAAGUUUCUUGCUUUUGUCGACCCUGAUUGUCAUCCAUUUGCAGAGAAUGAACCAAAUGCAGUCUCAGAGCUGACCUUUGACCCUCAGACUUUAGGCCCUGGGAUGACUCUGUCUAACGAUCUUAGAACAUUGUUCUACAACUCAUCUGGCAUCUACAACUCACCAGCCCCAUUAAAAAGUACUGUUCGCUGCCAGCAAACAAAUAAAACAGGCAGCCUGCGCUGGUUUCUCAAUCUUUCUGAACAUUUUGAUUGGACCAUUGGCCUUUGUGACACCAACGCCAGAGAUGGGAACUAUGUAAAUGUAUAUGGACUGAAAAAAGAGAAUAGUCGUCUCUUACUUUUACAAGAAGAAGGUGUGAGGGAAAACUAUUCAAAAUUUUAUACCAAACAAAUACGUGGCCGUGUAUUUGAGAGACAGACAAUUUCUAAUGAAUUCCAUGUUACUGGUUCAUGGAAGGUAGAAGUAAUCUGGGACAAUUCUUCAAGUCUACUAACCAUUUACAGCAGAAAUAAACCGACCAAAGGUUUGUUACUGUGUAAGCUCACAGCAAGCAGAUACGCGCAGAAUCUUUGCCCCUUUAUUACUAUGGAACAUACAACUUCUACUCUACAAAGCAGAACAAACAAGAGAGUGGAUCACAGAAUGUAUAGGGACCAACAAGGCUUGAAACCAGCUGACUAUUCAUUUACAGAAAUACUGUGUGUGCUCAAUAAAUAAUCAGUUAGAAAUAUAUAAAAAUGUAAAUGAAUAAAAUGUUGGAAGAGCAAACAUAAAACUAAUUAAUGCUGAGUUCAGACUGCACGAUUUUCAAAGUAGUCGCAUCACAGAUGUUUCCACACUGCAUGACUAUAUGGGGUAGCAUGGGACAUAUAGGGUAAUCUGGGACAAUUCUUCAAAUCUACUAACCAUUUACAGCAGAAAAAAACAACCAAAGGUUUGUUACUAUGUAAGCUCACAGCAGGCCAAUACGCGUGAAAUCUUAACAGGUCAGUUGUCGUUUCUGUGCGGAGUUUACAUGUUUUCCCUGUGCUCAUGAGAGUUUCUGUAUCUCUGGUUUCCUCCUACAGUCCAAAAACAUGUGUCAUAAGUAAAUUUAUCAAAAUUAGCACUAUCUAUAGUAGAGCUCUUAAACAGCAGUAUAUCUCUAUAAAGGCUAAUUAUAAUCUGUCAUCACCUCUAAAUAAGGGCGGAGUUCUCGAAACCUACCUGAGCUCAAACUCCCUUUUGCCCUGCAAACCGGAGGGAGCCCCAGGCUCGAGGAUCUUAUGAACUUAGGGCUCUUUCUCGGGACAGCAUGCCAAACAAGAUUUAUUAUCAAUUUAAAUGUGAACUCCUGAACAUAAGCUGUGUCACCGACUCGGUCCCAGUCAUUCCCCUCGCUGGCCAGCAGAGGCCGCCAUCCCCGGGCUUAAGCAUUACAUCAUCCAUCUAUACUGAUUGUGCACACACCUGAACUGAAUCCCGUUAACGACCCACGCUCCCUAUUUAAGCCACACUGAGACACCAGUUCAUUGCGAAGUCUUGUUUAGCCCCGGCCAGCAUUUCUCAGCGUUAUUUCCUGACUGUUCUCUUGUGUAUAACUCCAGCCCGUUUCUGACUCUGCUUCGCCUUCUGCCUGCCCACGACCCAAGCCUGAUACACGGACUCUGAUACUCGCUACCUGCCCUCGACCCAAGCCUGAUACACGGACUCUGAUUCUCGCUACCUGCCUUCGACCCAAGCCUGAUACACGGACUCUGAUUCUCGCAGCCUGCCUUUGACCCAUGCCUGGUAAAUCACUCUGUGUCUGUUUGCCGCCAGCCUUGAGACCUUUACUGCUACUAUUGAUGUGUGUUUGCACCUUUGUGCAUAUUGUUUGUUAAAGUGAGAGUGUGAUUUAAUAAAUACUGCAUAAUGAAGUCUCCUCGUUACAAGCUGAUAUAAACCAGCAGUGUAAUCAAUGUUUUAAACCAAUUAUGUUUUGAAUAAACUGCUUAUUUAUUCCAAUGUAAAAUGUCAAAAAGUAUUCUUUCAUCAAAUACUACUUAUUUAUUCUCAUAAACUCUUAAUAGUUUUCAUAUGUUUGCUGCAAGUCAUCUACUAUUAAAUCAUGUGUUGUAACUGAAG